AACCUCCACUUCACCAUUCUCAACACCUAUAUAAUCCCUCCAUAAGAGCUCAAAUCUUCCACAAAAUCCCAAAGUAUCUAAUUCUCUCAAGAUCUUGCAUUCCAACUCUGCAAUGGAUGGAGUGAUGGCACUGGCUUCACAAAGAGCAGUGGUGAUCUUCUCCGACAGCUCUUGCUGUAUGUGCCACAGUGUUAAGGAGCUCUUCAUAGGGCAACUGGGCGUCAAUCCUGCCAUUUAUGAGCUCGAUGAGGAUCCAAAAGGGAAGGAGAUGGAGAAGACUCUGGCAAGAAUGCUUCAGAGCAGCUCGCCUUUACCUGCUGUGUUUAUAGGUGGUAAAUUGGUCGGCCCAACUGAUCGAAUAAUGUCUCUGCAUCUUAGUGGCAAACUUGUUCCUUUGCUUCGAGAUGCAGGAGCUAUCUGGCUUUAACAUCUUGGUUGUUAAAUGAGAC